CACAUUGUUAUAUAAUGUAGAUCAUGAACCAGUCCAUUUGGGUUGAACGGAAGACUCUGAAUAUGAGUGGUAGCAUUAUGAAUGUAUCUGAGCAUUACUCCUGCCCAUUUGGUUUUGGACACUACAAUGCCAUUGAUAUCUGCAUCUUUGAGACUAUCAUUAUUGUGUUACUAACAUUUUUAAUUAUAGCUGGUAACUUAACAGUUAUUUUUGUCUUUCAUUGUGCUCCAAUGUUACAUCAUUAUACCACCAGCUAUUUUAUUCAGACUAUGGCUUAUGCAGAUCUUUUUGUUGGGGUUAGCUGCUUGAUUCCUACCUUGUCAUUGCUGCACUACUCUACAAGUGUCCAUGAGUCCUUGACUUGUCAAGUUUUUGGAUAUGUCAUCUCUGUACUGAAAAGUGUUUCAAUGGCAUGCCUUGCUUUUAUUAGCAUGGAUCGCUAUCUUGCUAUCACAAAACCGCUCUCCUACAACCAGUUGGUUACACCUUGCCGGUUGAGAAUCUGCAUCAUUUUGAUUUGGCUCUAUUCCUGCCUUAUCUUUUUGCCUUCCUUUUUUGGCUGGGGAAAGCCAGGUUAUCAUGGAGAUAUCUUUGAAUGGUGUGCAACCUCUUGGCUUACCAAUGCCUAUUUUACUGGCUUUAUUGUGUUCUUACUAUAUGCUCCAGCUGCCUUCAUAAUCUGUUUUACAUACUUCCACAUAUUCAGAAUCUGCCAGCAGCACACCAAAGAGAUAAACGCCAGGAGAGCUCGUUUUCCUAGUCAUGAAGUAGAUACUGCUGCAGAAACUGGGCAUGGCCCUGACUGGCACUAUGCUAUGGUUUUAUUUCGUAUAACUAGUGUGUUUUAUGUGCUCUGGCUCCCCUACAUCAUCUACUUUAUGCUGGAGAGCUCUAGGGUGCUGGAAAAUCCAGCACUGUCUUUCUUAACAACUUGGCUUGCUAUAAGCAAUAGUUUUUGUAACUGUGUUGUAUAUAGUCUCUCAAACAGUGUUUUCAGACUGGGACUUUGGAGAUUGUCAGAGACAAUAUGUUCAUCUUGUAUACAUAAAAAAGACAGCAUUGUUCAAGACCCAGUUCCUAGAAAACGGGCCAAUUCCUGCUCCAUCUAAGGAGAAUUAAAACAUUCAAAUACAAUGCAAUAUAUGGGCUAGGUUAUGGAUUGAAAGGUGACUUGUAAGACAACAUGUUGAUGGAUUCCAGAAGAAUACUACAAUGGUUAGAGAUGGAACCUUGCUGAAAUUGUGGUGUAUGAUGGAAUCACUGGUAAGGGAAAGCUUCCAGUAGUAUGAACUAAUCUGCAGAGUUGAAAAGUAAUUUAUCAGCAUUAAUUGUGAAAUUGUCACAUAUUAUAUAUGUGGAUGAAUUUUGUAGUAAUAUGUUGUAUUAAAAUAAAACUUAGUUAAGACAGUAAGUAAUGGAUUAUCAAUUAUGUCCUCAGCAGAUACAAAAUAA